UUACAUUGGGUUUGGAGAACCAGGAAGAGUCUUUGAAGCUGAAACUCAAGGACUGUGGGUCUAAUGUUAAAGAUAUUUCAAUAAAAUUGGAUGGAGGUGCAUCUUGGCUUUAUCAAGGGUAUGGAAAUAUCCGUAUUAGAUUCUCAUGAAGGAUCAUUGAGAAAGAGGAUAUUGAGAAGACCACCUUUUGGAAACUUGCUGAGUAUCAUAAUUUUAUUGAAAGCCCUAUAUAGUCCACACAACAUCUCCGCUCUUCAUCCUUUUUUCUUAACUAAAAAUUGUACAAGAAAUACCCAAAUCAUGACAUGAACUGGAAUUUAUCUUUAUCUUCUCCUCCAGUUGUGGAGAUUUCAAAAUCAGAAAGCAGGUGCCAACAUAUUUGCAUACAUGACAAUUGAUGUUUUGGAAGAAGAUGAAGUAAUACCAAUGGCAUGCAUAUCAUUGGUAAUUCAAGGUACUGGCCUGGUCAAAAUCAAAGGAAACAACUUCGUAGGUUCUAUCAGAUUGAAUGACUUUCAAAUGUCAUCGAAAUGGAGCAACAUUGGAAAUCUGCGGAUGUACCUCAUUCAGCCAGUUGUGUGGACACUUAUUGAAACCAUCUUCUUGCCAUAUGCAAAUGCACGCCUCAGUAGGGGGUUACCUUUGCCCAUCAUUCAUGGUUUCAUCUUACAAAACGCAGAGAUAAUCUUGUCAACUUCAGGACUUGCAGUUUGCAGUGAUGUAGCUUUUGCAGAUUCAAACAAGCGUUUUCUUCAAUUAAACUGAGUACAUAAAAAGAGUGUAUGGUUAUUGAUCAUGGAAUGUAAAUAGUUCAAAUCAGAAAUCAAGAUGAUGCAUCUACUUGUGCAUUCUUAUUUCAUUUGUUAAUUGCUACUUGCUAGGAAAUUGGGCAACCAUCUGUACAAACUUUGAUUCAAAUACUUGCACCGCCAGUUAUCAUGUAAGAAGUAGAGGUUUAUCAAA